GAGUGAAUGUCAAAAGGAAAAGGUUGGAAAAAUUGGAUUUCGAAUAAACGAAAUACGAAAAGUUUACUGCUUAAGUUUUAAUGCCCUGUAUAAGAAGUUGAGUUUCCUAAUAAGCAGUUACUAAUAUCCUAAAACUAACAAACACAUAAUGCAGGCGCUCAGCCUUCGCCUCAUGCGAUUACCAAAUAUUUGGUCUGCCGGUGCACGGUUUUGUUCUGGAAAUGUUUCUCAAGGGACUGCCAAUACCUUAAGUAGCACGGAAAACACACCUAUUCCGGAUAAACUGUACAGCCGAAUUGAACUGGAAAUGAAAGGUAUCGAUCCGGAAGUCAUGAAAAGUUACGCAUAUUUUGCCAAGACUGCCGCUGAACACUUGGAUAUCGAAGUUGGCAAACAUUGGGCUUUACGAAAAGCGACGAAGGAUCGCUUGACGCUACUAAAGUCGGUUCACAUCUACAAGAAACACCGGGUUCAGUAUGAAAUUCGAAACUACUAUCGGUUUAUGCACUUUCACAAGCUCACCGGAUCCACUGCUGAUACAUUUUUGGAAUACAUCGAACGAAACUUACCGGAAGGAAUAGCCCUUAAGGUUACCAAGGUAGAGCUGCAAGAACUACCGGAACACUUGGAUCCCGCAAAAUUGUCAAAUGUGCCAGUUUGAUGGAUUUUUUUAGUUCAUUUAAAUAGAAACAGCAAUUUAUCCGUUCGU